AUGGGAGCUAUGUUUCCCCCUUCUCAGUGGCCGCCGGAAGAUGACGUUAUGCUCAAAAGCGCCGUCGAGUCUGGCGCUUCCUUGGAAUCUCUUGCUAAAGGGGCCGUGCAAUUUUCUCGGCGAUAUACUGUUAAAGAACUUCAAGAUCGCUGGUAUUCGCUCCUUUACGAUCCAGUGGUUUCCGCAGAGGCUGCCCCUCAUAUGCUAGAGGUGAUGCGUUCUGGAUUUUCACAUCAACCGAAAUCCAACAAAUUGGAAGCUGUAAAAGAGGCAGCCCUCACCUCAGGGAAGAGAAAGAAAGCCGAGAAUAUCCGAAAAUGUUACUACGCCAUGCGUAAAAGAAUCUGUAAUGAGCCACUCGACAUCAUGGGCAUCGAUCUCCUCCCCGGGUCAAGCGCUGCCAAUUUCGGAGAUGGAAGCGGGCUCGGAAUCCAAGGCCCGGACUUCGAUAUUGGGCCUCAUCUCUUUCCCGAAUUAGGGCCCAACUCCUCCAAUGAUCUUCAGUUCGGCGGGCAAGUUGCCGCCCAUGACCUUCCCCCGUUCACUUACGAGGACAGCACUCUCCCUCUGGACGAUGGGAUCCCAGGAUUCAACCAGUCGGAUCUAUUCGGGCCUGAGGCCCAUCUGGAGGGCCCCGGAUUCAGAGCAUGUGACAGCGGGCCGUUUCGUAAUUUGGCGUGCUCGUCCUCCUCGAUGCCUCAGAUGCCGAUGUGGGACGACAGUACCUCCCCUGAUAUGUGUGCCCCCCCUCCUGACCAACUCAUGGCCAGGGACGAAUUCGUAAUUCCGCCGUCCUGUAAUGUUAAUGUGACGGACACCUAUUUGGCUGAGCUGUCCAAUACAUUGUUCUCCGAUGACCUGCACUGCUCGGAUAGUAGCCCGAAGGACGGCAUCGACGCGUCUUAUCUCGAAGGGCUUUCCUCGCUUUUGACGUUCGAUGCUUCCCCGAGUCAGAUUGAGUUGGAUGGCACAAGUGGCGGGCCUCAUUUACUAUGCGAGGUGCCCCAUAAAGCUGCUGCUAGUCCGAUUCCUGAAAGUAAAGAACUUGGGCCCGAAUACCAAAACGGGGUCAUCUGCUGCACAUUGAAUACUGAAGACCCGAAUAUACCCGACAAUGAUGAUGUGUUCCUUCCUGUUCGAUUGCCUUCGCCGACCUAUACACCCAGUGGGUUCCACUGGAAAUUUGAAGAUCCAACUUCUACUACGGACCUGCCGAAUGUUGCACGAAAGGUAAAAGUGAAAGUUGGGCCACCCGCCAUGAAAAACAACGGCGGGCCCUCGCACUUUGAAGGGCUGACUGGGCCGCUGGAUAAGUGUUCGAAAUAUUCGGUUGCAGAUAAAGGGGUGAAAUUUGAGCUGCCCAAGAGUAAUAUUCAGCAGGCUGUGCUCAGGAAUGUGAGAAAAGGUGAGGGUUAUUCGAGCCGUGCAAGUUCGGCAAACAACAAUGAAAAUUGUAACGUUGGUGGGGUUGCCAAGGAGGGUUCGGUGGAUGUGGAUCAGGGCAAGAAAAUCGACUGUGAGCCCAUUGAGAUUUGUUUGGAUAAGCGUGAGAAUGAUCUGGACAUUCUUGAAAGCCUUCAGAAGAAUGAUAACGUGAAAGUGGAAACUCCAAAUGUUGGGCUGGCAGACGACGAGACGAGCUGCCGAAAGACAAUUGCUUUGCCAAUUGACGAGUCUCGAGUAUUGGAUAUGGAAGAGUGGUCGGAAAACGAUGUGCCUUGUUUUUCUGAUGUUGAAGCAAUGAUUCUAGAUAUGGACCUGAGCCCGGACCUGUAUACAAAUCCAGAAGUUCAACGAUAUAUGCUCGAAGAAUCUAAAAAUGCAAUCGUGAGACUUGAGCAAUCAGCCGACUCUUGUUCUCAGAGAACAUUUGCUAGACAAGGUGCAUUUGCUGUUCUCUACGGCCGCUGGUCAAAGCAUUUCAUAAAGAAGCCUGAGGUGAUACUCGGCAGGUCAACUGAAGAAAGUAAAGUUGACAUUGACUUGGGAAGAGAAAAAAAUGGUGGAAAAAUUUCUCGAAGACAGGCUAUUAUAAAGAUGGACAUGCAUGGGACUUUUCAAUUGAUCAAUGUGGGAAAAUCGUGGGUUUACGUGAAUGGAAAAGAGGUGUUGCCUUGCCAGAGUUUAAGCCUUACCUCUGGCUGUCUUAUCGAGGUGAGGGGAUUGGCAUUUAUUUUCGAGACAAGUCGUGCGAACAUAAACAUUUACUUGAACAGCAUUGUGGGCGGUGACCAGCCGUCGGGUCACAGAUCCUUAAAAGGAAUUUGA